GCACAGGCACAGGCACAGGCACAGGGCCCACCACUGCCGCUGGUGUUACCUGAAUCACCUUCACGAGCAAGCGCAUGUGGUAAGGGCAAUCAGCCGUACGUGUGGAGAGGGCUGCUGAAGGGAGCCAAGAGCGAUGGUGGGGGCGAGAGGGCGGUGAUCAA